AUGGACAGCUAUCCUCCUGUGAGCCGUGUCGGACAUCAAAGCUACGGUGUGAUCACACUAGCCCGAGAUGUGGACGCUGCGAGCGCCGCGGCCUUCGUUGUCGCCAGUAAAUCGCUCAACAACGACGAGACUUGGACGCGAAAGAAGGUGUCUGUCUCGGCAGGGUUUCUAGGCCAGACUAGUUACUCGGACGUCUUCACAGACGCAACGAGCGGUUUGUCCACUGGAAGAUUACACGUCGUCGACCAGGAUACUAUUCCUGUCGAUUCAAGACGUAUAAAUCUUGGCGCUCAGGUGCUCGCGCUUUUGGAGAAUCUUCCAUUCUAUAGAGAGGUGAUCACUGCCAGAUUCAAAGUCUGGAAAGGGUGGACGAUUGGGUGGAAGGUCACUGAUAUGGUCCUCACUGUGGUGGAAGAAAUGUGGAACUCCUAUGAAAGGGAAGAGAUGGACACGAUGCCGCGUGCUGUGCUCAUGUCCCGACGACUGUUUGAAACACACACCAGGAGUUUUGAUAUAACAUCAUCCACGACAUGGGAGGAAUUCCAGAUCACUGCGUCUGGAAGGUGGGAGACGAUUGGACUUCUCUUCACUCUUGUCGGUGUAGCCACAGACUUGGUUUCUCAUGACCACCCACUUUUCACAGACCCCGAUGCAAUGGAUGCAAGUACACUUGCCAACACAGCUAGCGCCGUGGGAGACAUAUGUCUUCAGUUCUGUGAUAAUUCUGGAAUCAUCAACGAUAUUUCUACGGCGAAGGUGGUGAGUAGCCCGUACCCCAGCCGCACUGUAAUGAUCUGUCUGACUUUGCUCCCUGACUUCCGACCAUGGAGAAAGCUAGGAGAGUUGUCGACGACAGUGUUUGCACUCGGCUUACACCAGGAUUCGAGUUCAAAUGCACCCUUCUUUCUUGCUGAGCUUCGAAGAAGAACAAUGGUCGCAGCUUUUACCGUGGACAAAGUGCUUGCCACCUUUCUCGGUCGACCACCACUGAUUAGCUGGCGCUUCUGUAACAUCUCGAUGCCCCUUGAUCUGAGUAUGGAAGAGGUAUUCGCUGAGCCUGCUGUCCGCGAUGCUGCGAUAGCCCAAUUGGAUGCCAACACAGGAUGGAAUCAGGAAGGCACUUUGAAAAAGGUCCAUGGGCUCGGACUGCUCUUAUUACAAGUGGAGCUUGCUCAAGAAUCCCGCCGAUUGCGAAAUGCGCUACCAGAGUUUCUCCGAUGGAAACCCGAUGGUGACGGCGUGGGCAUUUCCAGAAUUGAAGAUGCGUUCCUUUUCGAAUUGGACUUGGAAUUUCUCCACAAUGACUUCCUACUUUACCGCACUCUCGGACAGCGCACACAAACUAAGCCACAGGAGAUUAUAGAGACUUCCCGAGAAAUUCUCAAGGCCUUGAUCCUGAUGGUUUCCAAAAUAAUCCGCUGGGGACAAUCUGUCAGUGGUGCGGGCUGGGUUUUUCAGCUCUGUCUACCAGGUCUACCUUGUGCCGGCGUGCUGUCUGCAGAAUUACUACGCCAGUCUCGAUCGACAAUACCCGCAAGCUCCUCGAACUUUCCUCGGUCGGAAAUCAUCCAAAAUCUCACACUAUACGCUUCAUAUCUUGAUACCAUGAUCAGGCCCGACGAAGGUAACCACCGUCUGGCGCAACAAGGCCAAAAAGCAAUCCGCCACGUCUUGGAUCAAGUCCUCUCAGCUGAGCAGCUUCCUCCUGCUAUCGAUGGAAAUGACUGGAGCGAUAUAGUAGCCAGAAAUGAUGACAACAUCUUUGACGGCAUGAACGUCGAUGAUAAUGGGUUGCUUUUCAGCUUGGUUGAUGGAAGCAUGCAGCAAAUGUCCGAUUCUUGGCUCACAUGGGUCAAUUUUACUUAA